AGACUGCGUGUCCUUCUGCUUCACCUGAUCGUUGACAGCUGACAACCAGCCUGGAGUUACAACUAUUUCAAGGGGAAUUAAGAGAAACGUGGAGGUGUGACUUUUAUUUCCAGUUGACAGCUGAAAAAGUCGGGAGGAGAUGGAGAACAAGGCCAUGUGUCUGAGCACAUAUGAAGAGAGAGAGAGCGGCUCCAUGUAUGAAGAGGCCUACGAUGGACACAACCUGUCCAAACUCAACCUGUGUGAUGAAGGUUCUGGUAAGCGUCGCAGGAAGCAGGACCAGUGCUGUGCUCACAUGAACUCCCUCUCAGCCAUCAAGUACGCCAUCGUCUCCCUCUACAUCCUGGUUUUUCUCACCAUCUUCGGACUCUGCCUGGCAGUCUCUCGUUCCCAGGUGUCUUCUAAGCGGCAGGAGGUGCUGAUGGAGAACGUGACCCGGAUGUCUGAGCGCUCUCGGAUGCUCCAGCCGACCCUGAGCGAGGCGUCCACUCAGGCCGACCUGCUGGAGAACAUCUGGAAACUGGAGAAUCUCUUCCAGAACCACAGCGACUGGCUGCAGAGGCUGGAGAUCCUCAUCAAGGGCCUGGAGGUGGAGCUGAGGAGCAGCCAGGCCCACUCUCUUCAGUCAGAGGGCUACCUUGUGCAGCUGGAUGACAGGCUGUCCUCCCUGAGCAGUUCCACCGGCAGGAACCUGACGGGCUUGAGUGCGGAGGUGUCCCGAGCCUCCACCUGGCUCCACGACCAGGACCUCCUGUUCAGGGAAACCUCAGGACAGGUGAGCCGGCUGAGAGAGAAACUGGACGAGGUCAAUUGGAUGGUGGGAGCUGUCAAUCACACCUUCAGCAAUGACAUCAGUAUUCACCACCUGAAGAUACAGGACUUGCAGAUCCAGAUCAGCAACAUAACAGAGGACACCAGCAGUUUAUGGGUGACCCACGUCCACACGGAGGCUCAGCUGAGGAACGAGAUGGAAAUCCUCAACACAAUCACAGAGGACCUUCGCCUGAAGGACUGGGAGCACUCCCUGGCCCUGAAGAACCUCACCAUAUUUGAAGGACCUCCGGGGCCAAAGGGAGAAAAGGGUGUAAAUGGGCCACUGGGGCACCCCGGGGCUCCUGGGUUGACAGGCUUGAGAGGGUUUCCAGGAGAAAAGGGGAUCCAGGGCAACCAGGGAAUUAAAGGGUCUGUCGGGGUCAGCGGUCUUCAGGGAGAAAAAGGAGACAUCGGACCUGCUGGUCCCAGAGGUGACAGAGGAGAAAGAGGGUUGAAGGGGGAGAAGGGGGAGCGAGGAGACAGAGGAGAGAAAACGGUGGAGGAGGUCCUGGUGCGGCUGGUGAACGGGUCAGGCCCUCACGAAGGUCGUGUGGAGGUUUUCCAUGAACGGCGAUGGGGGACAGUGUGUGACGACGUCUGGGACAAAAAGGAUGGGGACGUGGUGUGCAGGAUGCUGGGAUACCGAGGAGUCGCUGAGGUCCAUAAGACCGGACGCUUCGGACAGGGUACUGGUCUGAUCUGGAUGGACGACGUGGCGUGUGAGGGGGCCGAAGACACCAUCCACCUGUGUAAGUUUUCUGGCUGGGGCAAAACCAACUGUGGCCACGUGGAGGAUGCUGGUGUGACGUGUGUCGUUUAAAAACAUUCAUGAUCCCGACAGCGCUGCAGCGGACAGCUUUCUCAGAAGUUCAUGAUCUAACAUCUGUUUUCUCCACGACACUGAAUCAUGGGAGCAAUGGAAAAACGCAAACAUUUUUUGAGCAUCUUUGAGUAACCAUCUGGGGAUGACGGCACAACGGGACUCUUCAUCACACUGAAUUACAGAGCUCACCUGUCUUCAGUGGAGGCCGAAGGUCAGCUUGCAAAGGCUCCAUCUGCCCUCAGAGGCUCGUCUGGGCGCAGGUUUGCUGUGCUGACCUCCGGUGUGGAUUAGAACCUCUUCUCCCUCCCAGAGGCUUCGUUCGUCUUUCAGGUUUCUGAAACGGCACAUAAAGAAAAUGACUGAGACGUCGACAAACUGAUUCUUCAUUUACAGGCAGCUGCUCUUCACAGUAUUACGUAGGAAUGGCUUUUGAGUGAUGAUAAACAUACACAGUGUUGCCUUAUUAUACAUCAUAUAGCAUUACCUAGGAUUCAAUCAUUCGAUGAUCAGCAGGUAAACAACUGGACUCAAACGUUUUCAUAAUUUUUGGCUGCUUUUUAAGGUGGCCUGUGGAGUUUUAUGUUCACAUACACAAGUUUUGUUUGCGUUCAGUGUUACUCACCAAAACACAUUGUGUGUAUCUCAAAUGUGGAGUACAUUUAUUUCCUCGUAAAUCCAAUUUUUUUUUUUUUUCUAUUUUCAAUCAUGCAUUGUUUACAUUCAUGUUUGCUCGCUAGCAGUCUUCCUUUUCCUUGGCUUUGUUGGCAACGCGUUUCUGUGUGCAUUACUAACGAAGCUGUGUUUUUGUUUUGUUUUUAAACUCUCCUCUUAUCAAUAUGUUUUACAUUUUAUAACCAGAGACUUAUUACCAACUGUAAAUCUAUACAGUUUUGUUUUGUUAUUUUACGGCUCGCAGAUUACGCUCUCAUCAAUCUUAUCUCCAGCCACAGCAGUCAGUCAGGUGUUUUCAGUCAGAAAAAGCUCUGACAUUUCCUGCAUAGCAGCAAAGGACAGGCACACACAGUCAGUAACAAGCUGGUGAGUUAAGUGGAACAUUUAGCUUCUAUACGAGACACAUGUCUGAGUAGUUGGUGGAGACCAAAACAAACCUAUAAGGAGAGUGAAUAUCGGACUUCCAUCCAUCAGGUGGACAGAAAAACAACUCCCACGUUGUUCUGGAUGUGUAGAUUGGCAAAUAUCAGCUGUCACUCCAACAAGAUAAUAUACUGUAUGUCAGGGCUGCCACCAAGCGAGAAAAUAAUCAAUUAUUGCAGAGCUCAAUUUUGACCUCAAUACCAACACGUGUUUGCAAAUCACCAAAACAGUGUUUACUCUGCGCUGUAUUUUGUAUUUAUUUUUUAAUGAAAAUGGAUUUUGGAAAAAGCAGUCACAGCAGUCAACAAUGAAGUGAAUAUGAAGAAUAGAGAGCAGAUGAGUAUUAACAGAUGGACUCUUGAACGCCAGCCCUGCACACUGUAUGACUGUGUGUCCGUGUUUACUGCCAGAGGUUGUGUUGUUUCAGCAUUAAUGCAUCUAUGUAUGUAUGCACACUCCAAACCAACCAUCACACACACACACUUUGUCUUCCGAUUUCUUUGCCUCUCUCAGUGCGGUUUGAUCGGCUGCUCUGGAAUCCAAAAAGGCAGUUACCUCCCAAGUGUCCUAGCAGGAAACCCGUCUCUUUACCGAGUCAUGUUUUAUACUUAAAGAGGUGAAACAUUUUUUAGUGAACCUUCAAAUUUGGCAAACUGUUGAAUUCCCUCUAUUUUUGUCGUGAAAUGUGUCUGUGUAAGCUCUUCAAACAAGUCCAAAAUUGUCUGGCCCACUAUAUAUUUUUCUGAAACUUAUUCAACACACAUGAUGUCCUUUUAACAGUUUGUGUCCAUGUGAGGGAGGGGAAAAAAAAAAGUUCAGCCAGAAAUGAUUUUCUCUACCUCAUGUUCAAGUGCCUUGGGAAAUGGGAAAAGAGGGUAGAAGCCAGACUCAGUAGACUGAUGAGUCUCAGAAGACGCUACAGCAACUCAAAAGGGAAUUGUGGACUUCAAAAGUGGAUUGGAGAACUGACUCAAUAGUGUGUAAAACAGGUAGAAUUUAAGUCACUUCUGGUAAACAAAGCUGUGAUCAUUUUGUACAUCUGCAUUACUACAAACCUUUCUUUGGAGAAAGCAGGAAGCUAGUUGGUUAUCUUUUCCAUUUUAAUUUGCUCAUCUUUAAUAAUGAGAAGUUUUCCCUUUUGUUCACAAACUUUGGAAACCGUUUUAUAAAAGCACUAAUACUGUUAAAUGUUUAAUUAUGUGACUUGUAGGACUAAAUGACACCAACAGUGCAGUAUGUCGCUGCCUAAUAUAUCCAAGUUCUAUCUUUCUUAUUAUUACUAUGAAAUACGUUCGAGCUGAUUUAGUCAAUUAACAGAUCAAUUUAGUCCUGUUGUCCUAUUCAAGUAUUUUUUCAAGCAAAGAUUUUUGCUGCUUUUCGAUUUGUUGUGUCAUUUUUAAUUGAAUAUCUGUUGUUUGGACAGAUUAAUUGAUUAUACAAAACCUCAAUUAAAACACAUACAGUACAUAGACUCAGUAUAUAUCAAAGUAUCUUAUAAUGGAAACAAGGUCAGAGACUUUAAUGUAAAAUAUACAUCUGCAUGAAUCUAAAAUUGUCACUUUAAAGCUGAAACUCUUUCACCUCAGACAUCAGGCAGGAGGAUUUUAUUCUUGCCGCACAGGAAGCAAUAAAACAAUGACGUGUGAAAAACAGCAGCUGACAGUUAAAGAACCUCUUCUGAUAUCACUUUAAAGGAUUUAUGGGUCGUCAAAUAAAAAAUCAAAAGGUUUUCAUUAAAUAGAUUCAAAUAUGGAUGACAGAUCCCUCACUGCAAAGUGGGGCUGCCAAAGUAUAAAGUUACCUAGUGUGAUAAACAUCAUUAAAGGACCUGUCAUACAGUCAAUGUACAUUUAAUUUACAGUAUUACAUAUUUGGUAUGAAAAGCUACAGUUUUAUGUCCAGUAGUUUAUUUUGUAUAUACUCCACAAGGUGGUUUGUACUGAAAAGGGAAUGGAACAAAUUAUACAUUUACAAGGUUAUAGAGUUGAAUACUUACCAACUAUUGUUUGCAUGAUUGAGUGUCAUACUGUAAAACACACACACACACACACACACACACACACUCUUUCUCUGACAAUAUCUGCUCUGUUUUUCUGUGCAGCCCUGAAGUGUAGCUGACAGUAUCCCUGAGUGGCAGCCAGGUCGUUAUGUGUCAUCCUGAUGACCCUCAUUCAUCUUGUAGUGGCGUUAUUACUUCAGAGUUAUUACUUCAGAGUUAUUACUUCAGAGCUCCAGCCAAAGAUAACACCCUGAGCUCCUUCAGUAUAUUUUCACUCAUUGGCUUAUUUGUAAAAUAAUAUCAUUGAUUGAAAAUAGUUUGGUAUUUACUCAGGUUUGAGUAUGUUUUAUACCAAGGGGCCUUUGUGAUGCAAACACAUAGAACAAUUAAGUAUUUUUAUAGAAGCAGGAACUAUCAUCUUGUUCGCCAUUUCCUUUUUACUUAAGGUGCAAAGUGGAACAAGUAAAGGCCAUUAAAAGAGAUAAAUACUGUGUAAAAAGCCAAUUGCUUUGUCCAGUUUUUAGAUUAAAAUACGGAAAGAGGAUAUAGGCUUUGUUAAAGAUAAAUCUACUCAAAUCAAACUAACUAUUUGCUGGUAAAUAUGGAUUGUGAAGAUUUCAACAUGUGAAACCGAUGCAGAACAAUCGCAUAUCAAAACCAUAUGGGCACAAUUCAAAGCAGAAAUAAUAUGCAACCAUGUCUCUUCCGGUUAACCGUCUUCUCACAGCUAAAUGUAGUUUGACUGGUUUCCUUCCCGGCAAAGUUACAGCCUAUCGGAUAUCAACAGGAUACAAUUGUUGUGAUGUGAUUUACUGAUUGGUUAGAGGCCCUGCUGACCUCAGAUCAGUGGUUCGGCAUCGUGGGGUCAGAUAUCCAGAAUACUUUGAUUUUUUAUUAAUGUAAAGCAGCUUAAUGCCGUAACACUUCCAAAGUGCACUUAACCAUUUACAUGUCUCAUUUUUAGAACUCACUAUGCUUUACUCUGGCAUAAUGGCUCUAAGCACAUGUGCUUACACACGUGUUUGUUUUUUUAGGACAUUGUGCUGGUCAUAGCACAUAAAAGGGCUAUGAGGUUAACAACAUGCACACACCCAAAUAAAUGCCUCAAUCAAACAUGAUUAUGUCACAAGAAUACCUGAUCCAGUGCUUACAGUGCCUGAUACGUUUACUUUGCUGAUUUGUACCACUAACAUGUUGUAAAUGCACUGCUGAAGCAA